CUCGUCCUCAUCGUCGCUCACAGCCGCAAGCGCCCAGCUUGUUUCGAGCACCCUUGAUACCAUCCCCUCGCGUCAGGUCCCCAACUUCUACCCCUUGUUCUCACUCGUUUCUUGACAUGGGUCGAUGGACGCACGAAUACGAGGAUGAUACUCUCAGCUACAAGUUCAAACGCCUUGUCACUGGGGCGAUCAAACGCGCCAAAAUAGAGAAAUCUGAAUCUACAACCAUAAGCUAUAAACACUUUGUUCAGGACCUCGAUGUCGGUGACUCAUUCACGACUACUAUCCUGAGUAUUCUUGUCGAGGAAUUGUCUGAGCGACGGAAACGCAUGUCUGUUGACUCGACCGCAACAGAGCGCGGCUACAUCACUCAGAGCACUGCGCAAAGACUCCGUCAGCUUGCUCUGUCGAGUCGGUACCAUGAACGAUCUAGGCCUGCUUCUCGGCCGUUUGGCACCUCAUUUCUCUCUGCCCCUCCUGAUGUGAUGGAUAUGGAGGAUGACGAUGAAGAUGCUCUCGAAACCGUGCUACAGCAUGGAUCAGCGGUCCCCGAAGGCGUUCAGAUCAAUACUGAGCUGUACGAGGCCCUCCCAUCUUGGGCCCCCACUGGUGCGACACGACGAAUUGUGCCAAUUUCAGGCAGCCCGCCGACGCCGACGUUGUUUCACCCGGCCAGUCCAACCGCUACAAGUCCUCCUCCAGCUGUGCCCUCCAGCCCACCGAUAUGGACCACAUUACCGACGACUACGCUUUCACGACAACCAUCUCUCCGCCGUCAUGGGGUUGGGCAUUCACGCACAACGGACUUCCACGCGUUUGCAGCUCAGCGGCGCACGAGUGCGCGUGAUGACCGGGGCGCCUCGGAGGAGCCAUGGUCAGCCAACCGUGCAACGCGCCGGUUUUUCCCGUUCAGCUCUCAGUCUCGACGCCACGGAUCACAUUGGGGUGAUGGUGGUGGUGGCGAGGGAAGCAGGAACGACGACGAUGCACCUCACGACGAGAACUAUCCUACACCCUAUUCGUCGUUCCCCGAACCGACCACAUCGUCAUCGUCAUCGUCUCAAGAAGACACCUACGAUCCUCUUGAAGCGCCUUCACGUCGGUUACGACGUGGCGGUAUCCGUCCACCGGAAUCGAUGUUGUUUCAACGUCCCAGUCCUGCCAGGGACGAAGGGCUGUCUGAUAGAUCCAUCUCUGAGCCCAGAGAUUUUUCGUCUCUAGUCGCAGACUUUGUGUCGUACCCCACGCCUGGCUCGCCCAGCACAGGCUAAAAGCAGAUUGUAUUCUGCAUGAGAUCUCUGUAUUAUAUGGACAAUCUGUUCGGGUGUAGGACUACAUGUAGCAUGUAAAUUCGGUCUGCCUUUUAGUUUCUGAGACUUGAUUAGACAAAAAUAAAAAGCUAUCAGCUAUUUUUAAACGGUAGAUUCAUUCACAUUCUAACCUACAAAAUUAGUGCAACAACCUCGGUCCCUGACCCCCAUUCAGGUCCUGAUGGCAUCAUUAGACCUGAAUGCGAGGCCCACACAUUUUCGACCUGAUCCAAACGGACCGCCAUGUCCUCUAUGCCAGCUGCCAUGGACCGCGCAGUCGCAGUGCCCAAACACAAGCUGCUCGAAUCGCCUACCGCACGCGCGAUCGAGAUCUUCGAUUGGACGAUCACCGUGUCGACGGGACCGAUAUCCAAUUCCGCCGAUUGCGACGCGUUGCAUGAAGCGCUGGGCAUCCCGCUCCCCGAAAUGACGUUCGGCUCGAAUGUGCUCGUGCUCGAGCAUCAGCCGUCGCAGUGGCGCUACGAGUUCACGACGAAGGCGGCGCUGGCGGGGGUGAAAAACGGGGAGCUGGGUGAGGGCGACGGGGGUGUGAAGGUGGGCCACGCGGAGGCGUGGCUGAAGAGCCGGACAGUACCAACCGCAGCAAACCCCAUGCCGCGCACGGUGCCCACCAAGCCGUAUGACUGGACGUACACGACGACGUACGCGGGAAACUACGGUACCACGCCUGCACAUGAAUGGCUCAGUGACUCCGCGGUCUCGGAAGCGGGAUCGUUGCCCUCGACGCCCGUCGCUGAAGAGCCGGGCUCGUCCAGGACCUGGGAAUGGCAGCCUGCGGAUCCGGAGAUCGGUGCUCACGCGAUCCCACUAGCUGAGCUGACGCGUCCGGAUCCAAUAUUGUUCUAUGCGGAGAUACCGCUGUACGAGGACGAGCUGCAUGAUAACGGGGCGUCGCAUCUGCUGGUUCGGAUUCGUGUCAUGCCGAGCUGUAUUUUUAUCCUGGCGCGCUUCACGCUCAGGGUUGACGGCGUACUGUUUCGAACACACGAUACGCGCAUAUAUCAUUCCUUUUCCAGCCAGCCCCCGCUUGUUGUUCGCGAGACUGGCGGGUGGGAAGCGCCAUAUGACCGUGUCAAGGCGGCUGUGCCUCGUCGUGACGAUCUCUCACCACUCACUGAUGCCAACUUCGUUGCUAAGAUUCUCACUUCCAUGCCCAGAGAGGUUUCUCAGCGAACGGGCGCCAACACUGGAUGGCGGGGUCUUGGAAGCAAGGUCGAGGUCAUCCAUCUAUAAUCUAAAAGCAAACUGUACUUGUAUUCUGAGCUCUGAUGUAUUUAUGUCAAUGACAGUUUCCAUAUCGGGAUGUCAGGCGUUUAGUUGGCUUGACAGAACAUCACUCGCGCACCUCUUUCUUGACGUUCACCAUCUCCGUGCCCAUCUUUCCAUCUCGGCAUCCGGACGACUAACCGAGGACCGAAAUUCCAUGCCUUCCGUGCCGUGCGCCACUGGUGUGGAUAGAUGCAGUGUCUUGUCAACAGAACGAAUAUAACCUUGUAUCACGGAUCCACGGAGCAGAGUUUCUAUCGAAACAAUCAAGGCUAGAUCUGGAACAUAUUGAAUGGGAAAGGAUAUAAAUAGGCCAGUGGAUGUGAUAGCUUCGCCGUCUACUCUCCUUCCUUCUCCUCUUCAUGGCUAGCAACUACUACCUGCCACCCGGAUAUCCUCGUGAGUGCAUUGAAGUUGCUAAUCUUUGCGACUUCACAGGAAUGUCAGAUCCUCAGCAGAAUAACGCGUCACUGUCGUAUCACAUCCCGAUGUCUCAAGGACACGGCACCCCUCAGAGCUACGGCAUGUCAAGCUACAACACCACUGCCCCGCCUCCUGACUUCAGCACCAACCACCACGCAUCAUCGGAGCUACCGCCUCCGCCGCAUAUGUACCCCUCUCUUCCUCUCCAACAGCACCAGGAACAUAGACCCCGUCCGCCAUCCAGUACCUCGUCGCACCCCGGCGGCAGCCCGGGCUUCGUCCCGUUCACAUUCUCCGGCGUGAAGAGGCAUAUCCGCGACAGCCGCGUGACCGACGCAUGGGGCCAGACGGUAAUGACAGUCGCGAGCACGAAGAAGGAGAGCACGUUCCACAAUAUGCGCGGCGAGCUGCUGGCCAUCUUCGAGUGGAACCACCAUCUGCCGCGCAUCCUGUAUCGCGGGACGGAGAUCAAGUCAAAGGACUUUUUGCCGCUGGAUCGUAAAGCUUUGACACGCACUUUCGCGCAUCAGGGCCACCACUAUGUGUGGAAAGGGACUCCGGACGAAUCGGCCGUGGAGCUCUACAACGCCGAUCGCCCGGAUCAUCGCAUUGGCUACUGGCACAACGAGGACGAGGUCAUCAUCCUCGAAGCCACGCCCGAGUUGUAUCAGACCCCCGGCCUGCUCGAUUUUUCUCUACUCUCCGUUUUCCUCAUGAAUUGCGGCGCCCAGAUCGAGGAGCACGGUGGCGGCGGUCCGAGCAUGGUACUCAUCGGCGCGUUAUCUGCUCUGAUAAACGCUGCUUGAGGACUUAUAUCGACGGACUGGAUGUAGAAACCCAGAUAUAAUUGCGAUGUCCGUGAAUGCCUCGUUUACAAGAUUUAUGAUCCAAUUUCGUGGAAAUCGAGCACGAAUAUCUCUUGGACUGGAAAAGAGACUGUCUUUAGAGUCUUUCCUCCAUUGAAGCCUUGAGUGGACUCCAUAGGAACCAGGACUGGGAAACUAUGCAUGCGUCACUUCAUCUUUUGCAUCAUUCCUGCACUGGGGCGAAGUCGAGAGGAAAACGUUGUUUAGGCACCCUAAUAUCUGAUAUCUUUUACCUUAGAGCAAGCUACGACUCAUUCAUC